AGAAACGUGUUAUAGUGAAAACUUGCUAGCAUUGCAUGUUCAGUUGUGUCGGUCCUACGUAGUAUAUUAGCAAGAUUUAUCUCAGAUGUGGAUAGAUUCAGUGGGGUUAACAAGUGGAGCAGAAAUGAGCUUUACUUCAAGAUCAAAAAAGUAGCUAGCAAAGAAAGCACAAAAGUGAAUCAACAUAGGGCCCCGGCCUCUAGUACGUGUAAUCAUCUACCGUUCAAACUCAAAACAUCCCCCCCAUGCACUUUCAUCUAUAUAUUUAACUCAUCAUGAAUCCACUGUCAGAUUUCACCAUAAAAGUUGAGUUUUCAGAGGACUCAAAUCCAAUGAAGGCUAAAGAAGUGAAGGCAGGGUUGAAGAGAGGUUUUUGGACUCCAGAAGAGGAUUUGACACUGAAGAAAUGUGUUGAAACACAUGGGGAGGGUAAUUGGGCAACCAUCUCCAAGAAAUCGGGUUUGAUGAGAAGUGGAAAGAGCUGCAGGCUCAGGUGGAAAAAUUACCUUAGACCAAACAUCAAACGUGGUAUGAUGUCAGAAGACGAAAAAGACCUCAUCAUCAGAAUGCAUAAACUUCUUGGCAACCGAUGGUCACUAAUUGCAGGUAGGCUUCCUGGCCGAACCGACAAUGAAGUCAAGAAUUUCUGGAAUACCCAUUUGAACAAGAGGUCUCGUAGAGGCAAGAGGAUGAAAAUAACUCCCAAAGACGAUGACAGCAUUUCAGCAUCCAUCCCCACACAAAGCAUGGAAAACCCAAACCUGGUUGAUGGCUCUAGCAAACAAGAAGAUGAAAUGGAUUCAAUCAUGAAUUCAUGGAUGGAACAUAUGGGAAUAGAAAACUGCAACAUAAAUUCAUCAAUUUCAACAAACAACUUGCCUUGGAUAUUUGAAGAUGUGCCUUUGAUUCCCAUCCUGGACGACGUUUUGCUUGAUGCAUUCCAAAGCACUGGAGAUGAAACCUUGCUUGAUGGCAUCCACCCAUUCCUGCUAUAAAUCCAGCUAAAGAGUUUCCAACAAAUAAAAGUAUGAGAUUUGCCUGAGAUUGUAUUAACAGUCAUGAUAGGGGUUUCGUGCCCGAGCUGGUGCUUAAUCAGCUAAAGAAAAUCGCACCAGCUUAGUUGCGAAACCAUUCUAUUCAUGUACCAAGAGAUGAACAAUUAAUGGUAGAAUUUGAAUUUCAGUAUAAGCUUUAUUACUCAAGUCUGCUUCCUGCUACAAUAACAAUACACUAAGGAAUUUUGCUGUA